AUGGAGUCCGGUGUGGAAGAAAAGGCUUGGUCUGUCGUUUGGUAUAGCAAGUACGGUUCGGCGAUAAAUUAUUGGGGCCGGGCCGAAACGCCGGCCCGGCCGACGGGCCGGAAAUGGUCCGGCCAGCCCGGCCGACCUGAAAUCCGGCCGACGGGCCGAAAUUUCGGCCCGGCCCGCGGCCCGGCCCAGGCCGGCCCGGGCCGGCCCGGCCCGGGAGCCAUGUCUAGUUUGGUAUAG